GAAAAUUCUCUUUCUUCUAGCUGGUAUGUUUACUCUUCUGUUAUUUAUAUCGCCUGCAAGAGACGUAUCUGGACAAAAUGAGAGAGAUUUGGGUGAAGGAAUGUUAUUUACAUAACGCCUAUGGCUCUUUGGGGGCUUCCAGCCUAUUUCCUUAUCCACUUAUUUUCCUCAACGUAUUGUCUGAUGGUCUCAGAGAAGGAGACUCCAUUAAGAUAGCAUGCCAUGCCCCCAUGGCCUACGUGGAUGCCUGGUUUUAUUUGUACAAGGUGGGCCAAGCUCAGCCAUUUCAGAUUUUGCCUGCUGCAGAGACCCGGCAUCGUGUUGACUUCCAUCUGAAGAACAUCACUACCAGAGAUGGGGGCCAGUAUAGGUGCCAAUAUGGCCAGUACAAUGGAAGUCAGUUGCAGCUGUCUGAACUCAGCUUCAUCCUGGAGGUUACAGUGGAGGGGUCCAGCUUGAGCACCUCUGCUCCAACAGAACCUCCAAGCUCUGACUCAGAAGGUUCAGCCGGGGUUCUUCCCAUCGCUUUGAGUGUGACUGGAGUACUGCUGUUGGUUUUGAUCCUAGUGGUUGCUGUGAUUGCAGUUGGACGAUUGAAAGAAAGAAGACAGAAAAAAAGGGUGCUAGAUUCUUGCUGGACAGAAACAAACUACCCUUCAACAGAGACGUCUUUUGAUAACUGCAUGUUCACCGUUUCUGUGAAGAACUCAGGACAAGAAGCUGUAGAGAACCAUGGUACCUUUAGCUCCACGGCUAUGGGAACAAGAUUUUCAUCUGUCAGAUCAGUAGGAAAAACAAACUUCUCUACAUUCAGAGUUUUAGAAUGACCUCCUGUUCUCUUACAUCCUUGACCGCCAUGUCAUUUCUCUCAGAGCACCAACAGCAACGAAGUUCAUUGGUUUGGACAAGAGGAUCAAUGUUCGUCAUCAUCAUGGGGCAUAUUGCCUUCAUGUCUUGAGGUGCUCCUGAGAGUACUCCUCACCACACUCUCUGGAUUUGGAUCACCUGAGGAAAAAGAGAAGCUCCUGUUGGUUCUAUCCGUUUCUAUAAUGUUUUCCCCCAUCCUUCGUUGGAAUUAAUAAGAAUGACUAUAGCUCCAAAUAUUCUUCAUUUCUGGAAUGAUGUCAACAAAAGAAGGCAGGAGGAUCUGAACAGGACACUGAUAAUUGAAUGUCUGUAAUUAACACCAUUGUCCAUGUAUUUAUAUGACCCAGGAGACCAAAAAGAAAAUUAUUAUUGCUAUCUUUGCUGCAGACAUAAAAUAAUUGGGAUCAUGCCCUGUUUGACACUUUCUUUAAAUGCUUCCAACCUAAUAUUUUGAUCUGCCUUCUCCAGCAGCCGGAUGUUCUGAAUAAUUUAAAUGCAUGGAAGAAUUCUGUGGUGCCUUAAAAACUAAGAAUAUGCUAGUUGUGUUCUUAAAGCCCACCUUUUCAGAACAUGUACACAUGGAUAUCCUUAGUUGACAGGUAUACAUUCAUACCUUACUUGCUGUUCACCGCUAUGAUCUUUGGAAUAGCGGUAUAUAAAUAAAACAAAUUAUUAUUAUUAUUAUUAUUAUUAUUCAGAGGAAAAAGCUGGUAAGAAAUGAAAUCAAAGGCAAUACAAUGCCAAAAGAAUUCAAAAUACAUUAAACUGCCAGUCUAGAACAUGUCAGCAAGAUUGGUUCUUUUAAAGCAAACUUGAAGUGAAUGUGUACUACAUAAUUAUAGCAUUUUCAUUCCACUAUAAUUGUUGUGGCUACAUCCUAUGGGAUCCUGGGAUUUGUAAUUAAUAAACAAUACAUAUAUACUUUAUUAUAUAUACUAAUUUUACAGGAAUUAAAUGAAUGGUAAGAUAGCAUUAUAGGACAUGGCUGCUACUAUGGUUGAAUCAUGCUUGUGACAUAUCCUGGGUGUCAUGUAGAAGAUGUACCAUACCUGUUACUCUUGUUCCCACUGUUAUAGCAUUUCCUAAGUAAAUUUGCAAAAUCUUAGUUUUUAAAAUAUAUUGAUUAUUUAUGCUGUAAUUGGCAAAGGAAAUAAGAGAGAAUGAGCCCUGGCCAAGACACAGUAUCUAACAAAUGCAAAUCUUCCAGAAUACUUCUGUGACGUCUGGAUAGCAACUGGCUCUAAAGGUACUUCCUGAAAAGAGACAGAAAACUGCAGCCAUAUUUAUUUUAUAGGUUUUCCCUGCAAUGGGUUAAGCAAGACAAGCAAGACUGUUGCUGUCAUCUCUGUGUGUAUCUGUUUGCACAUACAAAAAUUGGUCCAUAUCCUAUCUUCAACAGGCAGCAAC